AGAGGACAACGUAAGAGAUACGAACAAAUGUCUGAAAUGGAACCUAAAGAAACAAAGCCACCUCGAAAACAAUUGAGACAGCCUCCUUCUGUUCCUUUCAUUUGGGAAGAACGGCCUGGCUUCCCCAAGAAGAAUUGGCAACCUUCACUAGCCACCUUCGUGCCUUCUCCUCCUCAGCUUCCGCCACCUGUCCCAGUCCCGGUUAAGCUGGUCACAUCGGUUCCUUUCCGUUGGGAAGAAACGCCUGGAAAACCACUCCCCGCUUCCUCAAAUGACCCACCACAGCUUCCACAUCCACCAUUGGAAACUGCUACGACUCCAUUACCACCUCCAGUUCCAGUUCCGGUUAAGCAGGUUACUUCAGUUCCGUUCGAUUGGGAAGAAACUCCUGGACAACCAUACCCAUGCUUUGUUGAUACCAAUCCACCUGAGCCGUUGGAUCAACCGCUGCCACCGCCUCCCAUGUACGGUGAUGUUGAAACCAGCAGCGAUAUUUUUGAUGACGCAAGCAGUGAUUCCUUCAGCUCUGUGCCGUCUCUAUUAGCAACAAACCGCUCGGUUUCGAUAUCCGGUGCUGUUGCGGUGGAUGAAUUUGAUGACAACCUGAAUAGAGUGACAAGUUCAAUGCCAACAUCGCCAGCUUAUGAAUCUGAUGACAGUACGAGCAGUUACAUGACGGGCGCUUCCAGUCUUGUGGGAGCGCCGUUCUUGGAAAAGCUCUUUCCACGUCUUCUUCCAUCAGAAAAGGUCAAAGCUGCUGAUUCUGAGGACGUUCAGGUUUCUACUCAUCCGUUGCAUGAAGAAGUAAAGCUUACUACAGAACCUGACAACAUGAGUAUUGGCUUUCCUGUGAGGACGCCGCAGACACUCGGGGAGCUGAUAAUGAUGAGCCGAAGGAGAAGUUAUAUGAGAAGAGCUGUUGAAAUGAGAAAGCAGAAUCCUUACAAGGAAUUUACAAAGAAUGGAGCUGAUAGCUGCUGCCUUUUUGUGCCGGGAAUCAAAAUGAUAGAAGGCCUUGAGUGGAAAAAAUUUCAACCGAGGUUGAAGCUCAUUUAGAAGAAAACACAUACAAAGAUCCUCACCAUUUGUAUCCCGAAACAGCAAAUUUCGGAAGUCGUUUUCUCUUUUGAUAGACAAGGAACUUGUAUAUGCAGUACCGUAAAAAUAGAUGCGAGAUUCAAUG